GCAGAGCGCCUCCUGCUGUACUGGAGAGAGAAGACACUCAACACUUCAAUAAUCUCUCAUUCAUUACACAAUAAUGUUGAUGUUUCUUUGUGGUGUGGUAGUUGCAAAAAUAUGUAAAAUAAGUGGUAGAAGAAUAGAAGAAGAAUUUGAAUAAUAAGAAUGUUUAAUAAAAACGAGGAUUCUAAGAAUUUUACCUGACUGCGUGCAGGAGUUCAAACGGAUCUCCAGAAGAUGGCAGUAGAGUCACUCUGUGAAUACAAACCGCGUUAAAACCAACGAAGAGAUACAAACAUCAACCGCUGUGUUUACAGUCAAUUUUUCCGUUUAUUGUUUUCUUUCUUGAGUGUUUUAUUAAGUGUAAACAGAGUCUUGUCUCUGUGUUUUUUUUAGUGUUGAUGAUGGAUGUGAUGUGCUGUAAAUCAGGAACUGAUCAGGACUUACAGGAUGAUGAAUCUACUGAUCAAACCUCCACAGAGUCUCUGGAUUCUGUCUGUAACGCUGGAGAACAGCAGCAGAUACUGCAGAACAAACUCAAGAUGUGUUCAGUCAAACUCAUCGACUGCACGAACCUCAUGAUGAAGACGAGAAGAGAAACCACAGAAGAGGAAGAUCACACCGAGGAAGAUGACAGUCAUUAUUAUGGUGACUUUGUUUCUUCAGAUGUGAAGAGUGAAUCAUGUUCGGAUGGAGAAAUAACGUCGUCCUCAACAUCAAAAGAACGACGGACAACACAAACCCAAGAGAAGAAACUUCAUUCAGAAGAGCACAGAGAGAAGAAAAAGAAGAAGCAGUUUCACUGUCAACAGUGUGGGAAGGAUUUUGUUGUUCUAUCUCAUCUAAAAGUUCACAUGAGGACACACAGUGGUGAAAAGUCUUUCUACUGCACUGAAUGUGGCUAUACGUUCAGCACCAAAGCAAAUCUUCGGCUUCAUAAGAGAAUUCACACAGGAGAAAAAACAUUUGAGUGUCCUCACUGUGAGAGAAGAUUUAGAGAUGCAUACUGUCUUAAGGCACAUGUGCUUUCACACACCAACGAGAGACCACAUCAGUGCAGUGAAUGUGAAAAAACCUUUAAGUGUUUACGCUCUUUAAAAUCACAUAAACAAAUACACAGUGAAGAGAAACUCUAUCAAUGUUCACACUGUGAUAAACGUUUCCGUCAGAAAGGUCAGCUGAUCGUCCAUGAGAGACUUCACACUGGAGAGAAACCUUAUCUCUGCUCUCACUGUGGUAAAAGCUUCUCUAGUCCAUCUCAUUUUAGUUAUCAUCAGAGAGUUCACACAGGAGAAAAACCAUACGAGUGUCCUCACUGUGAGAAGAGAUUUGGAGAAGCACACAGUCUUAAGGCACAUAUGCUAUCACACACCAAUGAGAGACCACAUCAUUGCAGUGAAUGUGGAAAAAGCUUUAAAUGUUUAGGCUCUUUAAAAUCACAUCAAAAAAUACACAGUGAGGAGAAACACUAUCGGUGUUCAUACUGUGAUAAAUGCUUUUGUCAGAAAGGUCAGUUGAUAGUUCAUGAGAGAAAUCACACUGGAGAGAAACCUUACGUCUGCUCUCACUGUGGUAAGACCUUCUCUAGCCAAUCUAAUUUUAGAGUUCAUCAGAGAGUUCACACUGGAGAGAAACCUUACGUCUGUAAUGUUUGUGGAAAGAGUUUGAAAUUUCACAGCAUUUUAGUGUCACACCAAAGAAUGCAUACAGGUGAAAAACCUUACAAAUGCUCUCAUUGUGAGAAGACGUUUACUCAGUCAAGUAACUUAAAAGUCCAUGAGAGACAUCACACUGGAGAGAAACCUUACGUCUGCUCUCAGUGUGGAAAGAGCUUCUCUAGUCCAUCUCAAUUAAGUUUUCAUCAGAAAUUUCACACUGGAGAGAAACCUUAUGACUGUAGCCUUUGUGGGAAGAGUUUUAGACGACACUCAAAUUUAAUAAAGCAUCAAGAAACUCAUACAGGUGAAAAACCUUUCAAAUGCUUUCAGUGUGAGGAGACGUUCACUGAGUCAGGUCACUUGAAAGCCCAUCUGAGAGUUCAUAUUGGUGAAAAGCCUUUCUACUGCACUGAAUGUGGCAAAUAUUUAAGCAGCAAAAACAAUCUUGAUAUUCAUAAGAGAGUUCACACAGGAGAAAAACCAUACGAAUGUUCACACUGUGAUAAAUGUUUCAGUUGUAAAUCUAGUCUUAUAGUCCAUGAGACAAUUCACACUGGAGAGAAACCUCAUCACUGUCAUGUCUGUGAGAAGAGUUUUAAUCAACUUAAUUAUUUACUGAGACACCAGAAAAGUCAUACAGUAGAAAAGCCUUACAAAUGCUCUCAGUGUGAGAAGAGUUUUAUCCAGUCAAGUACCUUAAAAACCCAUGAGAGAAUUCACACUGGAGAGAAACCUUACCACUGUAGUGCUUGUGGGAAGAGUUUUAAUAAACGUAAUUAUUUAGUGACACACCAGAGAAUUCAUACAGGUGAAAAACCUUUCAAAUGCUCUCAUUGUGGGAAGAGGUUUGCUCAUUCAGGUCACUUAAAAACCCAUGAGAGAGUUCACACUGGAGAGAAACCUCAUCACUGUAGUGCUUGUGGGAGUACAUUUAAUCAGCGUGAACAUUUAGUGGUACACCAGAGAAUUCAUACAGGUGAAAAACCUUACAAAUGCUCUCAGUGUGAGAAAACGUUUGCUCAUUCAGGUCACUUAAAAACCCAUGAGAGAGUUCACACUGGAGAGAAACCUCAUCACUGUAAUGUUUGUGGGAAGAGUUUCAGUCAACAUGACAGUUUAGUGACACACCAGAGAACUCAUACAGGUGAAAAACCUUACAAAUGCUCUCACUGUGAGAAGACGUUUACUCGAUCAGCUCACUUAAAAGCCCAUGAGAUAGUUCAUACUGCAGUGAAACCUUACGUCUGCUUUCAGUGUGGUAAGAGCUUCACUGCUCUAGGUUCUGUCAGAGUUCAUGAGAGACUUCACACUGGAGAGAAACCUCAUCACUGCAGUGUUUGUGAGAAGAGUUUCAGUCGAAGUGAACAUUUAAUAAAACACCAGAGAUCUCAUACAGGUGAAAAACCUUACAAAUGCUCUUAUUGUGAAAAGAUGUUUGCUGAGUCAAGUAACUUAAAAGUCCAUGAGAGACUUCACACUGGAGAGAAACCUUACGUCUGUUCGAUCUGUGGAGAGAGAUUUGUUCAUUAUAUAAGUCUUAAACAUCAUCAGAAGAAACAUACUGAAGAACAAACUACACUAAAAUCAUCAUAGUGCCUUAAAGUCUUUACACACUGAUAUUCAACAUGAAUGUUCAUCACAGGAACCUAAAACAAAAACACUUGAUUUCACAUCUGGCAGAUUCAUGUCUCUCUAUCCCACUAUUUACAGUUUUUUUUAAACCAUCAUUCAUUUAUUUUAUCAUUCACUUUUAUCUUUAUUUUUAUUAUUCUUUUCUAUUUUUGUAUACAUUUACUUUAUAUUACUUUCAUUUCAUUCUGUCUAGUUAUUCUAUUUUGUUAGUUCAAUUUUAUGUUAACGCCGUAUUGUCUUUUAAUGCUGAUAUGAGUCUCCAUCUCAAGGUUUUAUUAAUGUCAUGAGAAUGUUGUGAUGUCCACUGUCAAUGUUUGGUAGAGCAACACCUCUUAAAUCUGCCUUUAGUCAGACGAUGUAAGUCAGAGGAUCGAGAACACAACUAAGAUUGUUUAAUAAAACAUUAUUUUAUUCAACA